GCGGUGUCCAUAAUGAUAGUGAAAAUAUUCUGUGACGCGCACGCGCAGUGGUUGCAGUGUAUGAGAAAAUGGCAGACGUCUCGUUGGAUGAAGUUAUACGGCGGCGCGGAAUUAACCUUAAAGCUCCAGCUAAACGGCCCAUGUUUGGACGGGUUGGAGGAGGGGACAGUAAAAACUUUGAUGCUAGGCAAAAAAUUGGGAUCAAUGAUGCAAGACAACGCCUGGGAGGAGGAACAGGUUUUCAAGUGAAGGAUGCCAGAGAGAAGUUAGUUCAAAAAGAUGCUCGGUUCAAAAUCCGUGGCAGGGGAGGGGCAGGAGGUGUGCAGGAUGCUCGGCAGAUGAUUAACUCACGCAAACAGGGGCAAAGUCAGUUUGGCACCCCUGCACAGACCACACUAAAGGCAGCGAUAACGCAACAACUGCAAGGCAAGACACCAGUGCCACAGAUACAGAUACAAACCAACAGUAAUCUUGCCAGUGCGAACACUAGGCAGUUUACCACUAAUGUACAAGGACUGAAUGCCAGAGUCAGCACAACACCACAGCUGAGCAAUAAUGUACGAGUAAUGGAUGCUCGCGAUAGGCUGAGCCUUAAGAGGAGUAUUGGAGGAACACAGACGCAAGCAGCUGCUGAACCACCUCUAAAAAUAACAAAGACCAUCCAGCAACGGCCAGCUGGGAUCUUAAGUGGAAUUCGUGGAAUGACGCAGCCUGCCUUAAAUGACCUCGGCAGCAUCCCCAGCAAACAAAUAAAGAUCACAACUGCCAACAAUAUGGGACAGUCCCGGACUGGCCCCGUAGGCUCCAUGUUCUCCAUGACAGCCCCCAUCACUAAGGUGGUAAAAAAUGAUGCCUACACGGCCCCACGGCCUCCAGUCCCGGUGGCGCCCACCCGGCCCAACACCAGCACGGCUGCUGCCCGUUCCUCUGCUGCAGCUUUGCAGCCGGUGUCCAGGACUCUGCAGCAGAGCACAGCAGAAACCAGCACUGCAACGCCUACUCCUCCUCUGCUGACUUUUAGCCCAUUGGAGGGAACUAAAAUAACCGUGACCAACCUUCAUUCCCGGGUUACUGAGGAGGACAUAUUGGAACUGUUCUGUGUGUGCGGUGCUUUGAAGCGAGCGCGCCUGGUAAAGGUGGGCGUAGCUGAGGUAGUGUUUGUCCGUAAAGAGGAUGCUGUCAGUGCAUACAGGAGGUACAACAAUCGCUGCUUGGAUGGCCAACCCAUGAAGUGUAACCUUCAUAUUCAGGGAAACGUCAUCACUUCUGAUCAGCCGAUUCUACUGAGACUCAGCGACACCCCUGGAGCAGGCAGCAGCAGCACCACGAAGAAAUACGGUCUGCCUCCUUCUCUGUCCCGUCCCAGCGGUCAACGAGCCUCCUCUCAGCCCACUCCUGAAGUGGACCCUCAGACCAUUCUCAAGGCUCUGUUCAAGUCCACCACACAGUCCACCUCCACUACCGAGGCCGCCAGCUCACAGACCACCGCUUUCCGCAUCAAGAUAUAAAGCUGAUAUCUGAAAGGAAUCUGCUGCCGUUAGAACGUCCUCAGUGUUCACAUUAAAGCUGUGGUUCUCACUAAUGGCAAGCAGCCCAUAUUCUCUAAUGAAACUGAUUUUUUUACGCAUUUCAUUGAGAUGAUUACUUGGAACGGGAGGUUAAUAGAUGAUCCAAUCCAAUGUUAAUUGGACCGGAUGAAGAAAUGUUGAUAUUUUAAAUCGGCAUAAAGAGGGGUUGUAGGAAGUGUUCUUUUAUAAAAUUUGGUUUAUUUUUACUCUACAGUUAUCUGCAAUUUUCCAAAAGAGUGAUUUAAAGGAAACAUUGACAGACUAUUUGAAAACUGAAGUUAUUCUGAAGAAUCAACACCUUUUUAAAGAUGUGCGCACAUAUGGAUGUGUUUAGUCAUUCGAACCUCUGUCAGAGUUCAGCCUAUGUGAACAGGAUCUUGCAUUUUUUCUUUAGCAUUUUCCCCCCACUUUGGGACUUGUUAAAUCCAAGUACUAGUUUUGCUUGUAAAAACAUGUUAAACGUGAGCAGGAAGAGACCAGUACCUUGCUUUCAUUGGAUUUCCAGUUUGUGUGGGAUUCAGUGCUCUGUAAAAAAUUCCUCAUGCUUGUUUAGUUUUGGAGGAGAAGGAAGAUAAUUUGUUGUAGGACACUUUACAUUCUAUUUGUGUCGAACAACUGUAAACUACUUUUAGGUUGCUUUCUCGGUUUGUCAGUGGGGGUUGUCAGAUCUGUUUGUGAAUUGUUGCCAUUAAAUAUUCAGCUUUGUAGAUCUA